CGUCAUUCUUCCGUUGAGGUGACGUGUCUGUCUGUGUCUCAUUGGGUGGACGCUGCUGGUGUUGCUCUCUUUCCUAGGUUUGAGCGAGUAGAGGUGGAUUCAACUGCCCGGAGAUCAACAUGAUUCGAGUUAUACCAGCAAUUUUGGCUUUAUGUCUGAGCUUAUGUGCAGCUGAGACUUGCACAGACCCAGUCAUUUCUCCGUCUUCAUACACGACCACAGACGCGCUCAUCUCUUCUGAGACUGUGUUCAUCGUUGAACUGAGUCUGGCGUGUGCAAACGGAGCUCAGAGUGUUGCCCUCUAUGCAGACGUCAAUGGCAAACAGUUUCCUGUGACCAGAGGCCAAGAUGUUGGCAAAUACCAGGUCUCAUGGAGUGUUCCUCACAAGCAGGCCAGCUCUGGCACAUAUCAGGUCAAAUUCUUUGACGAGGAGUCUUACAGCACUCUAAGAAAGGCUCAGAGAAACAAUGAAGAUGUUGAUUCUAUCAAGCCUUUGUUCUCUGUCAAUGUGGAUCACAGGGGUGCAUGGAGUGGUCCCUGGGUGUCCACAGAGAUCUUGGCUGCCCUUAUUGGCAUUUUGGUCUACUACCUGGCCUACAGCACCAAAAGUGCUAUCCAAGCUUGAGAUGAGAAGAAAAGUCCAUUUUCCACCAUACUUUUCAAACUGGUCUUCUGGCAUUCCUCCUGCCAUUUUAAUGUGCAGAGUUUAGUGACAUGGAUACCUUGGCUGAAACAAGAGAUUGGUUUGUUGUAGAGCUUAAGUGAAAGUAUCGGCUGCUGAAGUGGUGUUUUUUUUCUUUUCUUUUUUUAACAGACACUCAAGAAUUUAAGACUUAAUUUUUUCAUCUAUGCUAUCAUUAUUAAACCUCAAAAGGUCAAAAACCGAGGUGAUUUAUCUGUGACUCAUCAUCAUAGUCCAGUUCUGUAUGUUGAAACGUCCCAAAUAUCAAUGAAAUUCAUUGAAUAUGGGAAUAAACAUCUUUUCUGUAA